AUGCCGCAACCAGAACCACCAGGAUUGUAUCGCCAUCCCACAAGAAGCGAGAUCAUCGACCUCGCCGCAGCAGAAGGCCACGAUGCAAAUAUCCCAAGCAACCUCGGCUCGAUACACCAAGUGCCGAGUCAUACAUCGGAAAGACGGCACUCGCUAGAUGAGAAGAAGGGCGAAUACACAACUGGCGAAAGAGAUGUCGAAAAGGGAAACGGCUCAGGCUCAAUCUCCAGUGCAGACCAACCCGAUGCAGAAGAAGAACCCGAACGCGAUCCGAAUGUUGUCGACUUUGACGGUCCUAACGACCCAGAGAACCCAAUGAACUGGAAAGCUUCGAAGAAAUGGGGCAUGGUCGCGCUCAUAUCGGCGAUUACGUUCCUAACGCCUCUUGCGAGUUCGCAAUUCGCACCCGGUGUGCCGGAGGUUAUGCGCGACUUCAACUCGACGAGCGAUCUGCUUGAAGGCUUCAUGGUGUCCGUUUACGUUUUGGGCUUCGCUUUUGGGCCAUUGAUCAUCGCACCGCUUUCGGAGAUGUACGGUCGACUUCCAUUGUAUCAUAGCUGCAAUUUGCUGUUCAUUGUCUUCACAAUUGCAGCGGCUGUGGCGAACAACAUGGCGCAGUUUGUUGUGUUCCGAUUUCUCAUGGGCUGCUUUGGAGGAGCGCCCAUGGUACUUGGUGGAGGGACUAUCGCCGAUCUAAUCCCACGAGAACAGCGUGGAACUGCCAUGGCUGUCUGGAUGAUGGGGCCAACCGUAGGACCAUGUGUCGGCCCAAUAAUCGGUGGCUUUUUGACAGUAGCAAAAGGCUGGCGAUGGAACUUUUGGUUCGUCGCGAUAGUGGGUGGUGCAUUCUUCAUCAUGUCACUCAUUCUGAUGAGCGAGACAUCUGGCAUUAUCAUCCUACAACGGAAAGUCAAUCGUCUCAAAGCCGAGACCGGGAACACGAAACUACGAUCUAAGUUGGAUAGCGGCCUCACCCCACGCCAGCUCUUCAAAUUUUCGAUCAUCCGACCUGCCAAGAUGUUGUUCCGCUCAACUAUCUGCUUCGCCAUCUCGCUCUACAUCGCGAUCACGUACGCCUAUCUGUACAUUCUAUUCACCACGUUCACUGCUGUGUUCAAGGGACAGUAUGGUUGGCAUGGCGGCAUUACUGGUCUCUCGUUUCUCGGUCUCGGUAUUGGCUCCCUCAUCGGACAAUUCACUUACAUCCACUACGGUAACAAAGUGGUACACAAGCACAUGGCGCGCGGCGACUUCCGCCCGGAACACCGGCUGAACAUGAUGUGCAUCGGCGGCUUCUUCAUUCCUUGCGGUCUCUUUAUCUACGGCUGGAGCGUGCAAUACCAGACGCACUUCAUGGUGCCUAUCGUAGCAACAGGCAUCAUCGGGUUUGGUCUGCUGAUGACGUUCAUGCCUGCCACUACGUACUUGGUCGACGUAUUUACUGUCCAUGCGGCGAGUGCUAUGGCAGCGAGUACAGUGUUGCGUAGUGUUGCAGCAGCAUUCAUCCCGCUGAGCAGCCAGACGAUGUACGCUCAAAUGGGUUACGGUUGGGGUAACACUAUGCUGGGGUUCAUCGCUACGCUACUGAUCCCGAUACCAUUCUUGUUCAUCAGGUACGGAGAGAAGAUCCGCGCUAGAAGGCCCCAAGAAGUUCUGGUGAAGAUCAAAGCCGCAGCAAUCAACCCCGUCGACAUCCAACUAUGGGGAAACCCCGUAAUCGGCUGGCUAGCAGGCAAGAAAGAGAAAGGAAUAGGACGCGACUACUCUGGCGAAAUUGUGUCGAUGGGCGAAGAAGCAAGUAAAAGCGGAAAAUGGGAGGUUGGUGACAACGUCUUUGGAUUGUGUAAUCGACCUAUGGCAGAAGGAACAUUCACACAAUACCUCUCCAUCAACCCAACCUCCGAGCCCAUCGCAAAGAAACCCACUACUCUCUCACACCACGAAGCCGCCGCCAUCCCUCUCGUAGUCCUAACAGCAUUCGCCUGCCUCGACUGGCUCCCCUCCGCAUCCAGCUCCCCCUCACCCUCGCAACGCCGCGUCAUCGUCUCCGGCGCAAGCGGCGGCGUAGGAAUGUGGUGCGUUCAACUCGCCAAAAAGCUCUAUUCCUGCCACGUGAUCGGCAUCUGCUCCGGCUCCAACGUCGAUUUCGUGCAAUCCCUAGGAGCAGACGAAGUCAUCGAUUACCGCACACAAGACGUGCCUAACUCGCUUCUUUCCAAACGGCCCGGCGGCACGAAAUACGAUUUAUACAUUGAUUGUGUGGGCGGCACGGAGAUGUUUGCGCAUUGGAAUGAGUUACUUCAUCCGGCGGGCGCGUAUAUUACUAUUGUGGGGGAUAAGACUUCGAGGACGGCGAUGGGUGGGCCGUUGACGUAUUUUACGUAUCCGUCGCAGGUGAUGAGGCAUGUUUGGGGGUACUUCUUUGGGCCGCGGUAUGCGAACGUCAUUUUGUAUCAGAAGAGUGAGUUGCUGGAGCAGGUUAGGGAGUUGGCGGAGAAGGGCGAGGUAAAGGUUGUAGUGCAGGAUGUCGUGAAGGGCAUUUUGACGGAGGAAGGAUGUAAAGAGGGGUGGGAGAAGGUCAAGGGGUACAUGGUUGAAGGGAGGGUUAGGGGAAAGAUUGUUGUUGAUGUUGCGUAG